GGCGCAGACAAAGGCGCGGCCCGGCCCGGCCCGGCCCGCCGCUCCGCUCCGCUGGGCGCCCCCCGGUCCGGCCCGGGGCAGGGCCGCGGCCGCCGAGGAUGGGGAAGUCCAACAGCAAGCUGAAGCCCGAGAUCGUGGAGGAGCUGACCCGCAAGACCUACUUCACCGAGAAGGAGGUCCAGCAGUGGUAUAAGGGCUUCAUCAAGGACUGCCCCAGCGGGCAGCUGGACUCGGCCGGCUUCCAGAAGAUCUACAAGCAGUUCUUUCCCUUCGGGGACCCCACCAAGUUCGCCACCUUCGUGUUCAACGUCUUCGACGAGAACAAGGAUGGGCGGAUCGAGUUCUCGGAGUUCAUCCAGGCGCUGUCGGUGACCUCGAGGGGGACCCUGGACGAGAAGCUGCGAUGGGCCUUCAAGCUCUACGACCUGGAUAACGACGGCUACAUCACCAGGACCGAGAUGCUGGACAUUGUGGACGCCAUCUACCAGAUGGUGGGGAACACCGUGGAGCUCCCCGAGGAGGAGAACACCCCUGAGAAGAGGGUGGACCGGAUCUUCGCCAUGAUGGACAAGAACGCCGACGGCAAGCUGACGCUGCAGGAGUUCCAGGAGGGCUCCAAGGCCGACCCCUCCAUCGUGCAGGCGCUGUCCCUCUACGACGGGCUGGUAUAGUCCACGCCCAGCGCCGGGUGAGUCCGGGAUGCCGGGAACCACCGCCUCCUCCCGUGCCCUGAGCCGCCCUCCUGUGUCCACCUGCCGUCCUCCACGGGGCUACCCUGACAGCGAGGCCCGGCUCCCGCCCCAGCCGCCCCUCCCCGCCUGCUGCCCCGCCGCCGCCCGAAGCCACGGCUCCGCCCGCCGCCGCCUCUGCUUGUCCGGAGCCACGGGAGCCGCCGGCAGAGCCUCCGGCGUCCGCGGAGCCCGGGACACGCAGCUGCUCCGUCCCCUGCUCCCGCGCGUCUGCUUUUGUUUUUAUUCCAAACAGACGUUG